CUCCUGCUAAUCUUCAGCCAACAGAGGUUGGCCACACACCCCACCUGGCAGUCCCCAAAGCAGCUGCUGCUAACCAUGGGGUCAGCCAGGAGCAGUCACGAAAUCCAUGUUCCAGACUUGAAUUCGCACUGGCUGCAGUCUCGGAGAAGCCAGAGUGAUUCAAAGCAUGGGGAAGCUUCCAGGUACAGGGCUGGAGUCCAGGCUGGCGGGCUGGAAACCGGGUUCCAUGCCUGUCCCAGCCCUGCCCUGUCCCCUGCUCCUGUGCAGUGCAGUUUCUCAGCAGCCCCUGCCCCUCUGGGGGUCGAAAGGCUAGGCCAGGUUGGGGGUCACUGGCGUCACUGGGCCCAGCUCUGCUUUCCCACGGCCCCCUUUCCCCUGCUCUGCUGCUCUUGCUCUGUACCUCUGGCCCCAGGGUCAUAAAUCAGUGCAGCCUGGAACCACAGCAUCUCCUGGGGAGUGUAUAAAAGGACAAGAACUCUGUGAGCCACAAAGCAAUCAGGGACCAGGUGAAUCAUGGCCAGAUGGAGCAGAAUGCCUCACGGGGGUCUCCUGCUGGUGCUCUGGGCCUCCUGCACCUUUGGUCUCCCUGCCGACAGCGGCGCUUUCAGAAGAAUUUGCCUCAAGAAAAUGCCCUCAGUGAGGGAGAGCCUGCAGGAACGGGGUGUGAGUGUGGACAGGCUGCUUGCUGAAUGGAGCCAGUUCUCCCAGAAACUUGCCUUGGGCCACAGCAACAGCACCUCCCCAGUGAUCCUCACCAACUACCUGGAUACCCAGUACUAUGGCGAGAUCAGCAUUGGCACCCCACCCCAAACCUUCAAAGUCGUCUUUGAUACAGGCUCUGCCAACCUCUGGGUGCCCUCCACCAAGUGCAGCCCUCUCUACAUGGCCUGUGAGAUUCACAGGCUCUACGACUCCUCAGAAUCCUCCAGCUACUUGGAGAAUGGGAGAGACUUCACCAUCCGCUAUGGAUCCGGGAAGGUCAGAGGCUUCCUGAGCCAAGAUGUGGUGACUGUAGGCGGAAUCAUGGUGACACAGACCUUUGGCGAGGUCACAGAGCUGCCCGUGAUCCCCUUCAUGUUGGCCAAGUUUGAUGGCGUUCUGGGCAUGGGCUUCCCUGCUCAGGCUGUGGACGGGAUCACUCCAGUCUUUGACCAGAUUCUCUCCCAGAAGGUGUUGAAAGAGGAUGUCUUCUCCGUCUACUACAACAGGGAUUCCCACCUGCAGGGGGGAGAGAUAGUGCUGGGAGGCAGUGACCCCCAGUACUAUGAAGGGAAUUUCCACUAUGUGAGUGUCAGCGACACCGGCUCCUGGCAGAUCAACAUGAAAGGGGUGUCUGUGAGGUCGGUGACUUUGCUCUGUGAGGAAGGCUGCAAGGCUGUGGUGGAUACCGGGGCGUCCUUCAUCUCAGGGCCCACCAGCUCCCUGAAGCUGCUCAUGGAGACCCUGGAGGCCAAGGAGCUGAGCAGGGAUGAAUAUGUGGUGAACUGUAACCAGGUGCCCAUGAUGCCUGAGAUCUCCUUCCACCUGGGGGGCAGAGACUACACCCUCACCAGUGUCGACUAUGUAUUACAGGAUUCCUCCAGCAGCGGUGACCAGUGCACACUGGCCCUUCAUGGCAUGGAUGUCCCCCCACCCACGGGGCCCACCUGGGUCCUGGGUGCCACCUUCAUCCGCAAGUUCUACACGGAGUUCGAUCGGCACAACAACAGAAUUGGCUUUGCCUUAGCCCGCUGAGGCCCAGCCCUUAGCCCCAGCCCACAAGUGGAGUCCUCGCUUGUGGGUAGUGGGGGAGCCCCCUCUGCCUGUCCAGGGGGAGGGGGCACAGGGCGUGGAGUUCCUUGGGAGACUGGCUCUGUCCACAGCAUGGGCUCUUCCCUGCUUUGAGGACCAGCAGAAUAAAAACUUCAUGUGCACAGA